ACCCGGCAGGAUGGCACAGCUCCGGCUGCAGGAUGUGGCCCUGUGGGGACAGACAGAGCUGGGGGACACAAAUGACCAGGGUCAUGCACAGGCAGGUGACACUCACGGUCAGGGGGUGGAGCCGUUUGGGGACACGCAUGGUUAGGGGACGAGUGUGACCAGGAUCAUGUGCAAUGAGGGGACACAGCUCUCUUGGGGACACACGUGGUCAGGAGGGACCCUUGGGGGGACAUAGCUGGGGGUUACAUCCCUCCAGGGGACACACAUGGCCAGGGGAGCGUGUCCCCAAGUGGGGGAGACAUCCCUCAAAGGGUCACAUCCGCCUAGGAAGGGGACUGUGUUUCCAGGGUGUCCCUAAAGGCAGGAGGGCAAAUCCUUUUUUUUGGGGACGCACUGCUAGGGGUCAUGUCCCUCAGGAGAGCAAAUAUGGCCGGGGGCACAGCACUGCAGAGGUCACCCACCCCAGGGGGCACAGGCUCCCUGUACCUCACCUGAGGGUGCCUGUGUAGGGUGACCCCCACGCCCAGAUGUCCCUAAUGUCCCUGCUGGGCCCCUCCCCACGGGCUGCCACCCCGCCCUGUCCAACACCACUGUCCAGCAGCUGGGAACCAGUUUGCAGUGGGGAGCUCCCAGUUCAGGGUCCCCACAACUAUGGGAAGGGAUAAUCCUGGUGACCACAGGAGGGUGGGGCAUUUGUGGGGCCACCCUGAAGUGGAAGACGCAGGGGGUGACCCCUUGCAAGCCCCACAUCCCCCAGUUCCCCCAUGGACAAUGCCAGGCUGGGUGGGGGGAGCUGCUUGGGGCGGUGCCCCCCCGGGCAGGAAGGGGUUAAGGGCCCGUCCAGCUGUGCAGGGCAGAUGUGAGAUAUGCAGAUGAGGCAGAGCAGGUUUUAUAAGGCGGGUGCAGACCCAGCACCCCACAAAGCCCCAGUGCCACCCCCACAGGCUCUGCUCUCCUCCCCGCGCUGUCCCGGGCAGGAUAUCAUCGUAUACUCUCGCCUCCCGGGGAGCCGCCGGAGCGGGAGCAGCUCGGGGCUGGGCGGGAUCCUGAACAUUCCCAGCCACUGGGGCAGGAGCAGCUCGGUGCUGGGGGGGAUCCCGAGCGUUCCCAGCCGCUGGAACGGGAGCAGCUCGGGGCUGGGCGGGAUCCCGAGCGUUCCCAGCCGCUGGAACGGGAGCAGCUCGGCUCUGGGCAGCCUCCUGGGCAUCCCUGCCCAGGCCUCCCCCGCCGCUCUGGGCCAGCACCCUCCACCCGUGGCCACCGACCAAGAGGAGCAGAAACGCCUGUUGGGGAAUCGGCCCGACCAGCCCCAGCAGCCCAGGGUGCUGAGGAUCGCCAUCAUCGGCGCUCCCAACGCCGGGAAAUCCACGCUCUGCAACCAGCUCCUGGGCAGGAAGGUUUUCCCAGUCUCCAAGAAGGUGCACACCACCCGCUGCAAGGCCCGCGGUGUCAUCACGCAUGAGGACACGCAGCUGAUCAUUCUGGACACACCUGGCCUCACAAAUCCCUUAAAAGCCAAAAGGCAUAACUUAGAUGAAGCCAUGCUGACAGACCCAUGGGACAGCAUGAAACAUGCAGAUUUAGUCCUGGUUCUGGUGGACGUGUCAGAUCACUGGACAAGGAACUCUCUGAGCAAGGAGGUGCUCAAGUGCCUGUCUCAGUUCCCCCACAUCCCCAGUGUGCUGGUCCUGAACAAGGUGGAUAUACUAAAGAAGAAGUUUCUCCUGCUGGAAAUAGCAACAGACCUGACAGAGGGAGUUGUAAACGGAAGGAAACUGGAAGUGAAAUCUUCUGCACUUAAACAGGAUUCCCGUUCUUCAGUGAAGUUUCCCCUUCAUACCACUCAGGCUUCUCCCCCUGAAAGCAAGGUUCCAGGGUCUCCCUUUGGGCAGGAAAAGAAUCAGGCCCAGGAAGGCUGUGGUGUGGACAAGAGCAGUGAUGCUGGGGGUGCUGGCACAGGGGAAGGACCGAAGCACCACGCACCCAAGGAUCUGAAGGAUAUGAGAGGCUGGCCACACUUCCAGGAGAUCUUCAUGCUGGCAGCUCUCCGUGGGGAGGAGGUGGAUACGCUCAAGAGGUACCUCCUGAUGCAAGCCAAGCCAGGCCCUUGGGAAUUCCACAGCCACGUCCUGACCAGCCAGUCGCCUCAGGAGGUCUGUGAUAAUAUCAUCAGGGAGAAGGUCCUGGAGUACCUGCCUCUGGAGGUGCCUUAUGGAGUGACUCAGGUGACACACGUGUGGGAGGAAGGACAAUGUGGGGAGCUCCUCAUCGUGCAGAGCCUCCUGGUGCCAAGGGAGUCUCAUAAGAGGAUGUUGAUUGGAAGAGGAGGAAGGGUCAUCAGCAGGAUUGCUCGGGAGGCUGGCCAGGACCUGAUGAACGCUUUCCUGUGUGAGGUCUGCCUGAAGCUAAAGGUGGAGGUGAAGGGUUGAGCACUUGGUGUUUUAACAGCUCUUGAACUCUCUGAUCAUGUGGAGAAACCAGUCCUGGGGGUAUCCUGGCACCUUUGCUGAAUCCAGAAAUAGAGGAUGAUGGAGUUACUAUGGUGGGCUGAAGUGGAAUAAAUUAUUCUUUGGGGGAACAGCCCAAACUGAAAUAAAAUCUCCAGACCUUCUACGGCAUCUGGCCUGGAGACAGACACUGGAGAAUCAGCUGCAUCCACUUCUGGUACUGCAUUUCCAGAGCUGCCACCCUCUUCUUCUGGGCUGUGUCUCAUGUCCUUGCUCUCAGGUGCUUGUACGUGGGAGUUCAGGAGCAUCUCCUGCCUUGUAGCAAACAAAAGGUCGCCGUGAAGGAUUAUCAGCACGUUUGUAAUCUCUUCUGGAGGCUGAAUCGUGGUCACACAGGAGGACAAGGCCACCCCAGCCCAGCUGAUGAUCUCGUGUUGACUUUUCUCCCUGCCCUGUUGCAGCUGGUGGGUGUAGGGAGUUGGUUUUAGGGGUUUGCUGGCAGCUGGAACAUCUGUAAUGCCUGACUGGCUUGUGUGUCAUGCAAAACCAGCCUGGACCCGCUUUUUGGGAAUUUGAGUAGUUUAUUGUAUCACUUACUUCCAAGCCCUCACUCCUUGCAGCAGGGUCACAGACACAAACACAGCAGCUGUUGCAGCUGAAGAAAACCCCAAAGUGGGAAGAGCAGCAGGUUCUGCAGCUCAGGUGUGGCAGAGGCACCUGCACAGGUGAGGCUGGAGGAGCAGGGCUGGCUCUGCAGGGCCCUUGCCAUGGUGGAGCCUGGCACCACAUGCGUGUGCUUGGGCCUGGUGUUUGGGGCUUGUUUUGCCUCUUUUGUCAGGUUUUUGGAGCACUGGGUUCCUUCCUGCCAGCAAUCCAUGUAAAUCUCCAUGUCCAGUUAUAAAUCAGCAUCCCUGAGGGAAGAAAACCCCAGCAGGGAGGAGACUGGGAAGGGUCUGGAACCCAAACCUGGUUUGGGUUUGCUCAGCCCCUUGUCCCUCUCUGGUGCACUGUGAAAGAGAUGUUUUACCCUUCUGCUGAAGAAUUCUAUCUGGAAUGUGAGAUAACUGAAAACUGGGUUGGGAAACCUGCACAGAGUGUCCCUCCUUGUUUCCCCAGGAGCAGGGUGUGCUGUGGGCCCUUGAAUGCUGCUGUCCAACUUUUGAAUUUCCCUUGCAAUAAAAUGAGGUCCCAGCAAA